CGGGGAGAAAAUAUGGAUGGUUGGUGGUGUGGCAGCAGUGUAUUGCGAUGAAACCGUAAAUAGAAAUGGCAAACAAUAGACAGAGGUGGUUCCGUGUCAUUAUCCCGGGAGAGGGACAUCCUCGUCGCUGAAGUUGAGGCGAUUCCUACGCACACCGAUGAGGGCAUGCACCACUAAAGGUCUUGCGGAAUCUGCUUCCUCGUUUUGCCAACGCUGUCUCAUACGCAUAAACUGGGAUAAACAUAUUAGUCUCUGAGCCAAGACAUUAAGAAAAAACACAGGUUAUUGAGUUAGACUACAUUCACUGUAGAAUCAGACUUACACAGGCGAGCAGUAUUUGUAGCCAACGAGUCGCUGAUGUCAAAAUGAUUUGCAUACUGACUUCCGCCCCACGACUUUAGUGCAUCAGCCGGUCAUGAGCGGAGACGGCGAGACGGACAGAUGUGUUUAGUAAAAGACAUGAAAACCUGACGUUAAAUUAUUUGGUGCAUUACUUGUCUGGAUGUAUCGUAUGGUUGGUCACCAGACGCACCGGGAUUCGGAAAGAUUGGACGGGUUUGGGGACAAAGCAUCGGCAGAAGUGCGAUUUAAAUUGCUGACUGGAUUCUAUACUUUAAUUUGCGGAGGAGGACCGUGAACACCACUCAUUCAGUAUGCUGAAGACACUGCAAUAUUUUUAUAUUGUGUGUAUAUGGAAGUCCAAGGACUAUUGCUCGUUUUAACCUAACCGACUCUUACGGAUUGGAAUAUGGCACUUUAAAACGCAUUGACGCAUCCCGUUGACAGCAAAAUUGUAUUUUGUCGUUGCUCUUUUCUGUGAAACGUUUCUUUAGCGUGGAUGUAACCUACACGUAACAUUUGCACUUUUUCACUGGAACCUGACUUGACAAACAGUCCGAAGUAGAUCACCGGUUCCCUCGACAAGCUACCCAUGAAAGUUUCGAUAAAAUAGGCUACCAUAUCCUGCUCGUGAAAUGCUUUGACGUCUCUGUAUUGUAAAGAACGCCACUAAAGUAUCUUUAUUUAUUCUUUUCAGAUGUCGUUUUAAGUCUUAAACCCUCGUUUCGACGUUCCUAACAUUGUAGAUAGAUGGCAUAGUGGAUAGAUAGACAGAUAGAUAUUUAUUUUUCUAGGUAUUUCAAGUGUAUAUAAUUAGGCUACUUUUAAUAAUGACAAUGUAUAUCUUUUCUUUAAAGAACAACCUAUAGACAGUGAAAGAUUAUGUUAACGUAAUCUUCGUCGUACAUUGUUGUGUGUUUCAAAGUCACAAUAGCCUAUCGCUAGUGUUCAAACUCGUUGGAUUUUAGCUAACAACUGUGUCUGACGUUCCAUUCUUGCGAUAAGAGACAUUCGACUAUAGCUGUCAAAUCUACCUUUUAAACGAAACCACAGCCAGUGGAAGACAGACUAUUGUGUGAUUUAUAGCCAAACUAUAUUUAUUUAAGCCUCCAUCAACCCUCUUGUUAUACUGGGAAAGGAUCCUCAAGCCGUGUCCACAAUGACUUACUUCUCCUAUGGUGUGCUACUGCUGCUACGUGGACUCGUCAUCUCUGCAGUGUUGGGAUAUGAGGGCACUUACUCAAGUGAUCUUUCCAGCCAUGCCACCUCGGAAGCCCCAAUUGUUGCAACUACAGAUCCCUGCUUGACAGUGAUGCCUCCCUGCAUGAACGAGGCGGACCGCUUCAGUCUAGAUGCCCUGCGGCACAUCCACAAGCAGCUGGACGAUGACAACGACGGGGGCAUAGAGGUCAACGAGAGCGUGGAGUUCAUCAUAGAGGACAUGAAACAGCAGCAGACGAACAAGCACAGCAACCUGCACCGCGAGGACCAGCACAUCACCGUGGAGGAGUUGUGGAAAGGCUGGAAGUCGUCUGAGGUUCAUAACUGGACACUGGACGACGCAGUGCAGUGGCUGAAGGAGUCUGUGGAGUUGCCUCAGUAUGAGAGCAACUUCAGAGAUUUCAGGGUGGAUGGAAACACACUGCCUCGAAUAGCGGCGAACGAGCCGUCGUUUAUGUCGUUGCAGUUAAAAAUAUUAGACCAGCGACAUAAACAGAAAUUAAACCUCAAGGCCCUUGAUGCUGUGCUGUUCGGCCCACCGCUACGACCGCAGCACAACUGGCUAAAAGACUUCAUCCUGAUGGUGUCCAUUGUGAUUGGUGUGGGCGGCUGCUGGUUUGCCUACAUGCAGAACAAGUCAUCCCGCGUGCACGUGGUCCAGAUGAUGAAAGACCUGGAGAGCCUGCAGAGCGCAGAGCAGAGUCUCCGGGACGUCCAGAGCAGGCUGGAGAAGGCUCAGGAGGAGAACCGGACGGUGGCGGUGGAGAAGCAGAACCUGGAGCAGAAGAUGCGGGAUGAGAUCUGCGGGGCCAAACGAGAGGCCCACCGCCUGCGGGAGCUCCGCGAGGGUGCCGAGAGUGAGCUCAGUCGACUCAAGUACGCCGAGGAGGAGCUUGUGCAGGUGCGCAUGGCUUUGAAGCGGGCAGAAAAGGAGCUCCAGUCAGAGUGGUCAGUGCCAGAGGCCCUGCAGAUGUGGCUGCAGCUCACCCACGAGGUGGAGGUCCAGUACUACAACAUCAAGAAGCAGAGCGCCGAGCUCCAGCUGGCCAUCGCCAAGGAAGAGGCGGAGAAGAUUAAGAAGAAGAGGAGCUCAGUGUUUGGAACAUUGCAUGUGGCCCACAGUUCGUCCUUGGAUGAGGUGGACCACAAGAUCCUGGAGGCCAAGAAGGCCCUGUCGGAGGUGACGGCGUGCCUGCGUGAGCGGCUGCACCGCUGGCAGCAGAUCGAGAAGCUGUGCGGUUUCCCCGUGGUGCACAACUCGGGCCUGCCCAGCCUGACCGCCUCGCUCUACUCUGACCACAGCUGGGUGGUCAUGCCCCGCGUCUCCAUGCCGCCCUACCCCAUUGCCGGUGGCGUCGACGACCUCGAUGAGGACAUGCCGCCCAUCGUCACCCAGUUCAACCGUGAGUCCAUGCCAUCCCAAAUGAUGCGGCCGCCGUUGACGCGUAGCAGCAGUGUGUGUCGCUCGCGCCGGAGCCUGCUGAGCUCCCAGCAGCCCUCGCUCAUAUCGCCGGACCCCGACCUGCUGCCCAUGGGCAGCGCCGCCCUACUGCCCCCCUACCGCUCAGACGCCUCCGCCGCCGAGGACGAGCACAUCUUCUUCAGCGUGGAAAGGAAGGGGGACAAUCAGGACACCUGUUCAGACACAGACUCUCUCAGCUCCUCCCAGGGCAGGAAGCACUACGCGGGUCCCUGCAGCUCGGGCCAGGACACCCCGCAGCGCAAGAUCUCUCGCGAGGAGCUGAUCCUGCUGUGCCAGGAGCACCACCACCAGCUCUCAUCCUCCUCCACCACCACAGACCCUUCCCCUCCACCCCCACCGGUGCCCAGCCCGGCCCACGGCCACACCCCGCCUCCCCACCACCACCAGCACCACCCCCAAGGCCACAAGGGCUCCCCCGACCUGACCCGCACCACCAUCCCGGAGUCGCAGAGCAUGACCUUCCACACCGGCAGCGUCAAGCUCCACAACGGCAUCCUGGAGAAGUCCUACAGCAUGGGCCAGCUGCCCGCCUCGGCGGUGGUGGCGGCCGCCGCAGCCGUUUCGGACGCGCGCCACCCGUCCCUCUGCUCCCUGGACUCUGAGGUCAAGAACCCCAAGGAGAUGAAGGCAAUUCACAGCUCCUCCUCACAGGACUCUUGCGACAAUGGAGAAAAGAAACGCUCCAAGAUCAAGAGCUUGUUCAAAAAGAAGAAGUAAUAUAUCGUUUAAUAACUUUGGUGAAUAGAAAUCAUAUAAAGACUAAAGAAAAAAGAAAAAAAUACAGAAAAAAGGGGGAAUAUAAAAAAAUGAGUGAGGAAAAAAGGAGAGAGAUGAAAAAAAAGAGAAACUUGCUUAGCCUUAAAAGAAUGGACCUUUGACAGAAACCAAAACUGUUUUUUUUUUUUUUUUGUCAUAGUUCCUUAUUUUAUGUCUUUUAUUUUUGUAAGUCAGAAUGUAGCUCUACCCCAGGAAGUCCUACUGGGUUGGUAGCCUUUGUACGACACCUCACGUUUUCUUUCUUCUUCCCUUUUCCCUCUUUUCUUCAAAGGUCACUCGUAGCCUCAAAAGGUCAAGAAUGGUGCCCAAAGUCAAGGGGGUUAAAUAAAUAAAUAAAUAAAUAAAUAAAUAAACACAAAUAAACACCUUGACUGUCCUCUUGGCUUUGUACCCACUUGAGUUUCAGGGGUAGAAGUUGAAACGGGGCGUUCAGCUUCAAGUCAGAUGUUGUUUACCGAGGCCAAUGAGCUUAUGUACUUGAUGAAUUUAUUUUUUAUUUUAUUUUCUUUAAGUAAAAAAAAAAGAGAUCCUGCUAAAGUUUGUUGCACUACUGCUUUCCCUGGGUGGGGAGAGAGCCUCUCCUUGCGGUGAUUACACCGUACAGUUUAAAACUUGUACAAAUCAGGAGAGAACACAUGCGUCAGAGUGGCAGAAGGCGUUUGGUAGCGUCAGACGAGGAAGGUAAAACACCAUGGCCUUUUAGAGUUGGAUGCCAUGGUCAACAGUGCUCUCGUAUAGCAGGGCAGAUCAGUGCAUCAAUUGGAGCCACAUGGAUAAUGUGUAAUAUAAUUAGCGUUUUUAAGCUAAUUGCUAAAAUAGCUCAUUUUUAGCAUCACACAACCAGAAAAAAAACAAUAGGUAAAGUUACUUCGUUGAAGAAGGGACGAGUAGUGAUCUGUGGCAUGCAGAGAGAAUCCAACUCCUAGUGGUGCUUUGUUUAAGAAGGCCCGCGCAAUUAGCGAUUUGUCGCAUGUUGAGAGAAACCAACAUGUAGUGAUGCGUUGUCCAACAAGACAAAACCGAUGACUUGAGGUGCUAGCUGCUGGCAAAAUUGUGCAUUUGGUGUGCUUCACUGUGUGUGUGUACCCCUCUUUUCUCUUUGUUGUAUACUUUCUUUUUACAUGAUAUUGAAAAUGAGUAGGUUUUUUUUUUUUUUUAAAAGACAACAUAGAAACGCAAUUUCUAACCCAGUAGCUGUGAAACGACAGAACGUGGAGACAGAAAAAAAAAAAGAGACUGUUUGAAAGAAUAUGCAGAUUUGUUGCAAAAAUCCCCCAUCCCACCCCAGACACACACGCACACACACCCUCCGUCCCCUGUCUUACCCACAAUGCCCCAACACUCUCCAUUUUCCCACACCAAUGGGCUUGGACUCCGAUGGGUUCUUCUCCCUCACUGUGACUUUGAGUACCGGCCUGGCCUGCCCCGCCACCAACCCCUACCCCAGCCCACCCCCACUUUCUGACGAAGACACAUGCACAACCAUGCACUAGAAUAACACCUUUGGUGGCCUGCCAUGCCGCCGUGUUAUUUAUACGUUGUGAGAGUGUUGUGUGAGUGUUAAGGCCAACCUGAGAGACGACCAGGGCGAUGACCUCGGCCGUCAGUACUGUGUUCACCUCCUAGUACCGCGCAGCUACCACAUGGGGUUUGUUCGUGUACACGUGAUUUAACGUUUGUUAAGUUAAAAAAAAAAUCAAACAAUAAAAUGAAACAAAGGCGUCCAGCGAUCGUAAGGGUGAAACCUUUUGAAUGUCGGUGACAUGUUGGGAAUCUUCCUUUUUUUGGAAUAUUUGGUGUGUGAAUAUUUGUAUACUGUAGAAAGAAUUAAUAAUAAAUGAAGUAUCUUUCAUGA